AUGACGGCGUUCCUCCCGCUACUAAAGAAAGAUAUCCCUUUCGCGUGGGUAGAAGCUCAGUGUGUUGCGUUCGAAAAACUAAAACAAUGCCUUGUAAGACCCAAAAUUCUGAGGCCCCCGGUGCAGGGGGUCCCCCUCUACCUUUACACGACAUUCACUGGUUCGGCGAUGGGCGCAGUCCUAGCACAAGACAUGGGAGGAAACGAGCUAUCACCCAUCUACUACAUCAGUCGAGUCCUACAGGAUGCAGAGUUGAGGGAAGCCGGAGGGUCCCUUGCGAGAUGUGUAAAUAAAAGAGAAGCUGAAAAGCUACUUCAAGAACUACACGCGGAGACAUGCGGGCAAACCGGCACCGUCCAUAUUUAUAGAAGACUCCAAAGGAUGGGUGUGUACUGUCCAAGCAUGUCAGCUCAAGCAUCGGCGCUCCAGGACAACUGCGCUGACUGUCAAGCACCACCGCAACCAGCAGAGGUUUGCACUGUCGAAGAAAUAGAUUGGAGGCGACCUUACAUCGAUUUCAUCCAACACAAGAGAUUACCAAGUGAUAGGCAGGCAGCUCUCAAGAUCCAAAAGAAAGCGGCACGUUUCUUCAUAUACGAGGGCGUCCUUUAUCGUAGAAGUUACAGUAAUGCUGCACUGCGGUGUUUAUCAGAACAUGAAGCAGUAGAAGUAAUGACUCGGUCCCAUGAUGCCGAACACCAAGGGAGGAGGAAAUUGUUCCUACAACUUUAUGAAGGAGGCUUCUAUUGGAAAACUAUAGAAAACGACACCGCGGAACACGUCCGGAAAUUGCUACACUGCCAGACACAUGGAAACCUGAUCCAAGCGCCGCAUACCUUACUGCACAACAUAGUGACACCUUGGCCAUUCCAUAGCUGGGGACUUGAUCUCAUAGGGACGAUCAACCGGCUGUCCUCGAAACGUCAUAAAUACAUAAUAACAGCUAUGAAAUACGCAUCCAAGUGGGUCGAAACGAUACCCCUCAAAGAUUACGCCGGUGCUAAUAUAGCCGCGUUCAUCAAAGAACAUAUCAUUUACAGGUUCGGCGCACCCAUGAUAAUCAUAACAGACAAUGCAAAAUCGUUCGUAAACAAGGAUGUGAUCGACCUGUUCCGCCAAUACAACAUAAGUCUCCACACAUCGACUCCCUACUACCCUAAAGGGAACGGACAGGCGGAGGCAACAAAUAAAACGCUCAUCUGCAUCCUUAGUAGAAUAUUGCAUGAUCAUCAUAGAGAAUGGCAUGAACAAUUGCCGGUGGCGCUCUGGGCGUACAGGAUUUCAAAACACAGUUCCACAGGAGCAUCCCCUUAUUCACUCGUCUAUGGAGAAGACACGAUCUUGCCUGCAGAAAUGGCGAUCCCAUCUGUGAGGGUAGCAAUGGAUAGCCACACUACGCCUGAUGAAAUAAGUCGCUUCGCCCAUCUAGAUACGAUAGAGGAAAGGAGAGCGCGAGCAGAAAGAUUCGCGGAAGCUUACAGAAAGCGCGCGGCUAACCAUUAUAACCAGAGCGUAAAACAAAGAAUAUUCAAGGUAGAAGAAUUGGUCUUGAAAAUCGCACCACACGUACAAAGAAAUGCCAGUACUGAAAAGUUUUCCGCGAACUGGGAAGGCCCGUUUAUGAUAAGGAAGGUAGCAGAAAGCGGAUACUAUAAGCUCAGACGUAUGAAUGGAACCAAAGUCAAGACGCCCAUCAAUGGCAAGUGGCUGAAGAAAUUCUACGCAUGA